AUGUCAGAUAAUGAAAUGAUUAUCGCUGUUUUAUAUAUCUUGCUUACUAUCGCUUCAUGCUAUCUGGGAGACCCGAAACCCAUAGAUGUUGACAUUAGGAAGAUUGACAAAUCUCUGUUCAAUAUGCAGGUUUUGGAGAUGAAUGGAAUUUCUUACACUAGGUAUCUUUCAACACCUGGAAACAUUGUAAUAAAGCUGAUGGACGGUGACCAACUUAUUUGGGAUGGUAAAACCUUAGAAAAUGCAGCUUCAAUGUUUUCGGUAGAUAACUUAAAUGCAAAUACGGUCGUUAUAACAACACACGGUGAGGUUGAAACAAUUUAUAAUAAAACACCAAACGGCUGGGAAAAGGGCAUAUCAAAAGACGGAGGCUUCAAAGUGGAAGUGCUGAAGCAUUCUGUGGAUGUACCGGAUAAUUCUGCGAAUUCCAUAAAACCGAACAAUCAAACAUCAAAUCAGAAUUCGCAUCCAACUAUACAGGUUCAUUCAGAAAUUUUAAACAAAAUGACUGAAAGUUCUUCGGAAGUGGCCCUAACUGCAAUCUCCUACGUGAUUGCUAUCAUAACGAUCUACAGUUGGUAG